GCAACAUGGCGGCCAUGCGUACGCUAAUGCAAUGUAUGUAAUACGCAAAUACGCAUUUACGCGGAAUCACGGCCGGCACCCGGAUCGUUCAAUUUAUUAUAAUUUAUUUAAUUACUAACCGUUAAAACUGUCUGCUCUACUCAUUUAGAAGUAUUCCAUAAAUUCAAGACGAAGAUUUAACCCCAGGGCCAACGAGAAUCAAGAAGAAGCCAUGGGAAGCGCGGAGAAACCGAAGUUUAGAGUGGAUCUUUACUUGAUCUUUACAGGUGAAGAAAGAAACAACUGAAAUUAACAAGCAACUGAGCCACCUAAGGAGGCUUAAGGACUUUGGCAAAGCAAGUGUGCUGAAAAUUUAAUGGACGCAUGCUCGGAUAAAACUCAACCAUAGAUUAAGCAUGGUCAAAAUAGCAAUAGCCCAGACAGAUGCAACACUAGGUAGUUGGCCCAGUUGCUCAAUAAGUGCAAAGAGUCAUUAACGGGAAUAAAAAAACCUGAGUGUGAUAAAGACGCAGUUCAGAUAUCUGGUAACAUCACAGGUGAACAUUCUAGCGAAAUACAAGACAUAUUACAUCAUACAAUAGACGGUGUUUAACAAAGUAGGUUUUUAUAAUAAAAAUGAUACGGAUGUUAUUUCACAGUAAAUUUUAUAUGAAUGUAUCAUUUAGGAAUUUAGCAAAAUUAUCAGCAAUGUCAUUCUGCGCUACUUAAGGCUCUUAUACUGGUAUUUCUAACAUAGCAAAAAAGGAUGCUCAAAGAACUACAGAUUUUAAGAAAGAAAUUGAGAGCGCACAGGAAGAGAGAUUGUAGCAUUUAAAAAAAAUGCAUUCUAUUUUUAUAGAAGCAAAGCAUCCAAGUGAUAACCCUAUCCUUAAAUGUUAUGAGGAUUGAUGAAAUUCAUCAGGUUCUAUACUUUUAAAAUUUGGAUAGUGACUGAUACUUUUUCAACUUCUUUCCAAAAGUUGUAGAUUUCCUUCACAUUUUUGGUGUUUGAUUUUGCUGAAAAAUGUUGUGUAACAAAGAUUCUAGCAUGAAAUGCUGGAAGAAGAACCUAUAUGAAAACAAAGGUUAUCCGGACAACUACACUGACAAGACAUUUUUGGAUGAAUUGAAGAAAAAUCUACAUGUCAGGUCAAUAACUUUCCAAGAAGCAUGUUUAGGGGCAGGUCUUGUAAUCCAGGAAUUUUGCAUUAUUAUUUUUUUUAUCCUGGGAUUUAUCUACUUGUACAAUGAGUGGAUACAACCAGAAGCCCUGCUGUCCUACUUAAGUCUUGCCACAUGUUGCAGUUAUAUUUUAUUUUUUUCACGUCAGUACAGCAUUUUGAAAGUUUUUAGAACUCUCCUUGUAUUUCUGUUAUUUAGUUAUUUACUCGCCCCAAUCUUGAAAACUUUGACAGAAACAAUUAGUACAGAUACUAUUUAUGCACUAACCGUCUUUAUGAUGUCUGUUCAUUUAAUAUUUUUUGAUUAUGGAGUGCCAGCAACGAUAGUUUCUAGUUCUUUGUCCUUGAAUGCGGCAAUAUUUGCCUCUAUAUGCCUUGCUUCAAGGCUUCCUUCUCCAUUUCAUACAUUUGUGUUAAUUACCCUAGCGGUAGAAUGCUUUGUUUUAUGUCCCAUCCUUAUUUCAAAGAUUGGGAAAUCUUUUUUAGUAAUUUUCAUACUCUCUGUGAUAGCAGCCUUUGGACUGUUAACUGUCUCACGUACUAUGACAUUCUUAUUUAUUUUAGUUAUCCUUUUCAUAAAUUUUAUAUGCCCAUUGGCCUUUGUCCGGUUACAGCGGUAUAAAGAUAAUAUUUAUGGGCCGUGGGAUGAAGCUGUUGUCCGCUAAAAUAUAUGAUUUCUUUAUUCUACUUCAA